AAAGAGUAAAAUUUUAAAGAAAAUGUUGUGAAUGGCCUAAUUUGUUUGUGUCCCUCAAAUUUAUUUAUUAUUUUUUUUCAACAUUUCAAACCAAACACAAAUUUCCAUCUCCAUCUAUUACCUUCCUUUCUUUCUUUCUUUCUUUUCCUUCCAUUUCCAAGCCGGCCCUAAUCCCCAUUGAAAUUAGAGCCCUAGCCGUUAAGAGUCAGUAAAUGAACUUUCACCUUCUUAAUAUGAACAUCGGAACUGCUUGAGUUUUGACAGAUUUCUUCCGAAACGAUUAUGUAUAUAUAUGCUUGUAUAUAUACUGUGUAAGCGAGUGAAAUUCUCCACAUGCGAAUGAAGAAGAACAUCAGUUGUUUGUGAAAAUGCCCCACCGAAAUUCCAUAGACAGCAAACAGUCUAUCAACACCACACUCCGAAGAUCUCCGAGACUUCUUCAAACCAAUCGCCUUGAACCAGAACCUCCGAAGACCCCAAAACCCAAAUCGAGUACUCAUCGGAUCACUCAUUCUGAACCUCCCUCAAUCACCUCAACACAGAAAGUUCAGAAGAAAACCCUCAAGCGUUACCCAGAAGAAAAUUCAGAUGCUGGGUCAAAAAGUUCCACUAAGAUAAAUACUGGGUCGACAAGAUCUGCUAGAUUGAAUGGUGGGGUUGAAGGGUUUAGUUGUCUCCGACGACGGUCUCCGAGGUUUUCUGAUCACAAUAAGUUCAAACAAGAGGGUUUAUCAGACGUGGGUGAAGUCAAAAUGGCCAUUGAUUUGCAUAAACACUAUUUGGGUGAACCGCAAAAGAGGGUAACUCAUGCCAAUGGACUUGUUGAGAAGACUGGCAAUGAUGAGAGUGAUGGGUUUAUGUCACCUGAUAAAGGGGAUUUAUCAGAUGCAGAAAGAGCAAAUGUUGGUGCUAGUUCAUGUGAACAAUCUGCAGGUCGAUUGAGAAAGAAGAGGACUUUUAGGUCUUCGGCUUCUUCCAAGGUUAUAGUGGGAGGAAGCGAAAGGAAUGUGAGAGAUAUUGAUAAAGGAAGGAAAGAGAUUGGGGUUAAGAGGAAGAGAAAUCGAGCUGAGGAAGGUAAUGGGAAUUUCCAGGGGUGGACUAAGGAUCAAGAAAUCGCAUUGCAGAGAGCUUAUUUUGCUGCAAAACCGACGCCUCAUUUCUGGAAGAAGGUUGCUAAGCUGGUGCCUGGAAAGUCUGCACAGGAUUGUUUUGAUAAAGUCCAUUCUGACCACCUGACUCCACCUCAACCUCGAACCCGUUUGAGGGCAAGCAUAGCAAACUCAUCAUCAUUCUCACUUUCUGCAAGUAAAUUUCUCAAAUCUGCGGAGCCAAAGACUAAAAGGCGGAAUUGCAGUAAACAGAAGAGUCAUCUUGCUCAGAAAACUGUGAGGAGAUUACUGCAAAAGCAUUAUCAUGUUGACCAAGAUUAUGAAGCCGAUCUAUUCUCAGUUCUUGAGUCCCCCUUGAAUAUAUCAAGUCAAGCUUCUCAACAGGGUGUAAUACUUUCCACCCCUGAAUGUGGACAAGACAAACGUGGAUUUCUUAAAAAGUACCAGGGAUCUUCUUCAGCACGAAAGAAGCACAUUUCACGCCUCGGUGGCUUAUUAGUGGCAACUCUUGUGAGUCCCCCGGUUCUGAAGCAGGUUAAAAACAAGGGCUUACAUGAAAAAUAUAUAGAUCAGUUACAUUGCAGGGAAGCUAAGAGAAAGGCAGCAUCUGUACGGGCUGGAAAAUCCAUUCGAAGUAGAGAGGGUAGGAAGCAGAGCCUCAAUCAGGAUGCAAUUGAGGCUGCAAAAAAUGCCCUGGUUUCUGAUGCAAGAGAUGUUAUUAAUCACUUCCAACAUUUGAAGGCCAGUGUCAUGAACAAGUUAUCUGAGUUUGAUGAUGAUGAUGGAGUUGAUAGUGAUGAUGAUGAAAAUGAAGAAUAUCAAUAUACAUUUAAGGUGUAGUUCAUGCUAAGACCCCGUUUGGGAUUGCUUCCUUACAGCUUAAAAACUCUUUUAUUUUAAAAAAUUGCGAUUAGAUGUGUUUGGUAAUCAUUAAAAGUGUUUUUGAUAGUUACCAAAUUUAAAUGAAGCUAGAAUUUGGAUUUUAAAA